AUGUCAUUGAUCUCAGCUUCAACCGCCACCUGGUGCUCCCCCUCUCUGUCCAACACCUCAAAUGACCCCCCAGGACCGAAAAAACAGGUCAACGAAUGCCGACUUGAAGUCAGCGUUCAUUUUCUUCACCUCUCAUGCCCCUCCCCUGUCAUAGGGAUGUGGGCAUGGUGCAACUUCCUCUCUGGCAACCUCAUCCCACCUCCCAUCUGCUGUACCGCCCCCUCCCCCCGAGCUCUUGCGCCCAUUGCACCCGUGCUGCCCAUUACCCAUCCCUCCCCUUCAACAGGGAUGUGGGUGUUGCCCCCACCCCUCCUCUUGCCCUCCGUCCCUCGCUGUUCGCUGUUUGCCUCUCACCUUCCACCCCUCACCUCUCACUCUCCACCCCUUGUCUCUCACCCUCCACCCCUCGCCCUCCACCCCUUGCCUUCGAUCUAUGAUGACACAGGGCGCAGAACAACGAGAACAGCCGAGGAGGGUUCGGGUCAAGGACACAGGACGACAACGGCGAUGAGCGAGAACGAGAACGGUGACGGCAACAAACAGGGACGGCAAAGGCGACGAACAAGGACGAUGGCGAAUGAAGAUGAUGGCGAACAAGGACAACAGCGACAAACAAGGACGGCGAACAAGGAUGGCGGUGAUGGACAAGGACAGCGAACAAGGACAGCGACGAACAACGAGGACAGCGAACGAAGACAAUGGCGACGAACGAGGAUGGCGGCGGACAACGACAGCGGGCAAGGAAAGCUGACGGUGAUGAACGACGGCGGCGGUGGACGUCAACCUGCCCUCUCGCCCUUGCCCUUGCCCUUGCCCACCAUUCUGGCCUUCACCCCGCCUCUCGCCCCUUGCCCUGCCCCUUGCCCUUCACCCGCCCUUCGCCUCCUGCUCAGCACCUGCCUCCUGCUCAGCACCCACCACUUGCAGCUCAAGCACAAGGGAGAGCAUGAGGAGGGGGGAGCACAAGCACACGAAGAGCUCCACGAGCACCCAAAGGGCCCAACGAGUGACAAAGGGGGUGAACAAGCGGAGGAGGGAGCGGAGGGAGCCCCAAUGAGCACAGUAGGGGGUGGAGGAGCCCCACGAACAGAGGAGGCUGCAGAGGAGGCAGACAGGCAGGGGGGACCGUACCCGUCUCCAUGA